CCUCCCACUUCCCUUACCCUCUCCUCACGCACAGACGCACAUACCAGCGCCGUCGCCUGCCAUCUCCUCCGCAAAUCCACCACCAUGGGUCGCGUCCGCACAAAAACAGUGAAGAAAUCCUCCCGCCAGGUGAUCGAGCGCUACUACUCGCGCAUGACCCUGGACUUCCACACCAACAAGAAGAUCCUCGAGGAAGUCGCCAUCAUCCCCUCCAAGCGCCUCCGCAACAAGAUUGCCGGAUUCUCCACCCACCUGAUGAAGCGGAUCCAGAAGGGCCCGGUCCGCGGCAUCUCCCUGAAGCUGCAGGAGGAGGAGCGCGAGCGCCGCAUGGACUUCGUCCCUGAGGAGUCCGCUAUCAAGAUCGACGAGAUCUCCGUCGACAAGGAAACCAUCGACAUGCUCUCUGCUCUGGGCAUGGCUGACAUGCCCGGCGUCAAGCGGGUCGACCCGGAAGCACAGUCUCAGAAUCUGGGGUUCGUGCGUGGUGGACCCAGAAGGUACUGAAACGGGUUUUGAUGCUAUACUACAUUUGGUUUUUGGAUUAGGAAGAAGUUAGCUUGUUGCUAAAUUUCUAUGUGUUUAAUUUUAUUGAGGAAGCAAUGCGGAUGAUGUCUUUUGUUAUGGGAUUAUGUUAUAUUUGCAUUGAGAAUCGAAAGCGUUGCAGUUGAUUUCGUUUGUUGAAUUAA